AUGUCCACUGAAGGAAACACCCAGCCUGAAGAUUGUUACCUAGAUGUCAUCCCAUUUGAAUCAAUUUGGGACUUCAUCAACGACCCAGCCGAAGCUCAGAUGGAAGAAGAAAUUGCAGCUCAGAUUGCACAGCAGCUAGGAGGUACGUCUAAUCGAGGUUUUUCUAGAAGGCACAUUGAAAGAAAUCGUGAAGAAGGCCAGAAUAGGGUGCUACGAGAUUACUUUGUGGAGAAUCCAGUUUUCACCGAUGUCCAGUUUCGUCGAAGGUUUCGGAUGAAACGGCCUUUAUUUCGACGCAUUGUGGAAACUCUUAGUGCAUGGUCUCCAUUUUUUCGCCAACGCAGCGAUGCAUUUGGCAAGCCUGGAUUUUCACCUCUGCACAAAUGCACCGCUGCCAUGCGGAUGUUAGCAUAUGGGACCCCUGCUGAUUUGUUUGAUGAACACUUGCGGAUGCCUCCAACUACAGUGAUCAAAUGCUUGAGUAUGUUCUGCAAAGGCAUCAUGGAUAAUUUUGGAGAGAAAUACCUAAGAAAGCCAAAUGCCGAAGAUAUUCAGCGGCUUCUUCAUAUAGGGCAGGCUCGUGGCUUUCCUGGAAUGUUGGGAAGUAUUGACUGCAUGCACUGGGAGUGGAAGAACUGUCCGGUGGGAUGGAAGGGUCAGUUCACCCGAGGUGAUCAUGGAGUAUCCACCGUCAUGCUCGAAGCGGUGGCAUCACAGGACACUUGGAUUUGGCAUGCAUAUUUUGGUGUUGCUGGCUCAAAUAAUGACAUCAAUGUGUUAAACCAAUCACCUUUGUUCACUGAAAAACUACAAGGAAGGGCUCCGGAGGUUCAGUUUACGGUGAAUGGCAAUGAAUAUAACAUGGGUUAUUACUUGGCUGAUGGCAUUUAUCCAGAGUGGGCAGCAUUUGUGAAAACAAUCCCGCUGCCUCAAAGUGACGAAGAUAAACUAUAUGCUAGGAUGCAGGAAGGAGCAAGAAAAGAUGUUGAGCGGGCAUUUGGAAUACUUCAAGCUCGCUUUGCGAUCAUACGUCAUCCAGCUCGUAUGUGGCAUAGGAAAACACUUGCUAGGAUCAUGUAUGCUUGCAUUAUAUUGCAUAACAUGAUUGUUGAGGACGAGAGAGAUACAUACCGGGUCCGAUAUGACAUUGACUACAACAAUGAGUAUGAACAAUCAGGAGAAUCUCCACACUUGGCUGGAUUUGAACAUGGGCCACUACAUGAUUUUUCUGUCGUUUUGGAGACAGGCCAAGCUAUUCGCAACAAAGGAAUGCAUCAAAAACUCAAGAGUGACUUGGUUCAGCAUAUAUGGCAGCAAUUUGGGGACAAUGAGGCUUAA